UCAAAACCCUAAUUUGAAGUCUGUAUCGAGGACGAGAUCAGCAGUGAGAGAAUUUGAGAGCAAUGGGUAUCGAUCUCGUGGCCGGAGGUAAGAGCAAGAAGACCAAGCGCACGGCGCCCAAAUCCAACGAUAUUUAUCUCAAGCUCCUUGUCAAGCUGUACCGAUUUCUGGUGAGGAGGACCGGGAGCAGGUUCAAUGCGGUGAUACUCAAGAGGCUGUUCAUGAGUAGGGUUAAUCGUCCCCCGGUUUCCCUCUCACGUCUCAUUAAACUCAUGAAGGGCAAGGAGGACAAGAUUGCUGUGAUAGUUGGAAGUAUCACUGAUGAUUAUCGCGUGCAUGAAGUUCCUGCUCUCAAAGUCACUGCCUUGAGGUUCACUGAGACAGCCAGGGCUAGAAUUGAGAAGGCUGGUGGAGAGUGCUUGACUUUCGAUCAGCUUGCUCUAAAGGCUCCCCUUGGACAGAACACGAUUCUCUUGAGAGGCUCCCGGAAUGCUCGUGAGGCUGUGAAGCAUUUUGGUCCUGCUCCUGGUGUCCCACACAGCCACACCAAGCCCUAUGUACGAUCAAAGGGUAGAAAGUUCGAACGGGCCCGUGGCAGGAGGAACAGCAAGGGCUUCAGGGUUUGAGUGCAUCAUCGUCAUCCCUGUUGUUUGGAUUUCGUUUUUGUUCAAACUGGUUUCCAUUAGAACUACUACUAGUAUUUGAAUUGUCGCCAACAUCCUGCUUUAUUUUCAAUCUACACUUUAAUAUAUAGCCAUUUUUUGGCUCUAUAUUUCUUGUGUUGAUCAUAUCAUUCUGAUAGUUAUCUUACCUUUGUUUGGGAUCGA